AUGGAAACAUCAUCGACAACCACAAAGGACGACCGAUGCGAUACACCCAUAAGCAGCGUCUACGGCGGAGCCUCGGGCAGAGUAACCUCCCUGCAGCCAAUAAUAAUCGACCCCAACAGCUGCCCCAGCGAAGGCCGCCUAUUCAUCAUCCGCGACCCAAACACAGAACUUGUCAUCGGCCUGAAUGAAGGCAUCCUCACUCUGGUCCCAGAGCGCAACGGCUACGUCUGUGGUAUUUACUGGUUAUGCGUCGAAUCUGAGAACAUGUGGCUCGGAUUCCGCAAUGCAAUCUCUGGUACUUAUAUCGGGCAUGAUAACAAGAGGAAAUUCAUUGCGGAUAAGAAGUGGCAUCGCGGUCAUGAGUCGUUUUGUGUUCGGCAGCAUCCGGAUGGAGGUCAUGUUAUGCUGGUGAGGUGGAGUAAUGAUGGGUUCUUACCUAUGCGGGUGGAGGGUAGGACGGAGUUGGUGGUUAGUACUAGGAAGCAUGCAGGGACGGCCUGGGAAUUUAUUCAGGUUGAACAUUCUGUUUGA